AUCACGGAGAAGCGUUGCAUGAUGACGUGACCAGUGGCUUCAGAUAGGUUUUCCCAGAGCUUUCCCAGGGUUUUCAACCAUAUGUUUUAUUAAGAAAAAUGACGAAAUCAAAGCAGAGAAAACAAGAAAAAAUCAGCGUUGCUAGCGAAAUCGAUCGUGUGGAGGAAAGAAAGUCUCGUUGUCAGGACAAUCUCGAGAGGGCCGAGUACAGGAAGAGGCGAGAGGAGUUGUCCGAACAAGACAGGCAAGCCUUGGAGGAUGAAAUGACUAUAAUGAAUGACAGGAUGAUCAAACUCGAUAAGGAGCUGGAAGUGCUGAGAGGAGAGAACAGGAGGAACAUGAUGCUGUCCGUGGCUCUGUUGGCCAUCAGUGCUCUCUUCUACUACGGCUUUGUCUAUUACUGAUGGAAGACUCAGGACUACAUCCCCCAUCAAGACCAAGGACUGCCAUGGCAGCUACGGACUACAAGUCCUUCGUCAUGCCUUGACCAUGCAUUGCCUCACUCCCAAACCAUACCAAAAACAAGCUGCUGCCGUCAAGCACGACAGAAUGUACAUAUCUGAUCUGGGGGGUCUCGAUAUGUCGAGUGACAACUAAAUAGAAUAGUUGAUAGCUGAGAUGUCAUAUCGGCUUUUGACAGAUGUGAGCUUUGCCAACGGUGGACCACUUAUGGAAGCACAAUAAUGGAUGUGGAGGUUGGACCUGAAUGCUUUUGUGCCCUCUCCUUUCAGUUGCAGCAGCUACAUUAUGAUCUAUUAUAUCAAAGGAUUUAUCAUUGUGUUGGUGUUGUUGUUGUAUAUGAUGGCUUCAUAUGAAUGUCUUGCUUCUCAAGGAUCGCCAAACUUUCAUCAUACAUAUACUGUAUACACACAUACGUCAUAUGCUUGAUUGUCUUUCAAGUCCCGCACGCUGUGUAUCGUGCUGGAAAAUGACAUCACAAUGUUACACACCCACACCAACAACCGAUUGUCUACAUAAUUGACCUACAGUAAGCCUAAAGGCCUUCAUUUUAUGAUUUUACUUGUCUUUAAACAGUUCACUUGUCGUUUGUUUUAAGCAUGCAAGGACUAGACUUCUACCUGCAGCUGUCUAGAUCACAUGACCUGUACCUGCCGCAUUCAAGGUAUUUUUUAAUUUCAUCAAUUUAUCCCUUGGAUUCAAUUCAUCACAAUGUACAAUGUGUUUUCACUCAAUUAAACCACCACAAGUGCAUGCAUGAUUUUGUAAUGUAAUUUGUUAUCUUAUAAAUGGAAAGCAAUAAAGAAUGUAUUCAAAAGA